CCGUCGUCUUCCUCUGGCCGCCGCUUUGCCCGGGGUUGCGCGGAACUGCAGUGAAAAAAUGCUGUUCCAUUUGCCCUGUGCGCGAAUGAUGUCGCGUCCCGACGCCUCCCUGUAGCAGGCCCAGCGCAGCACUGGCCCUUGGCAGCCCUCAAGAGGGAUCGUUUUGUCCGCAACACCUGGUUUUCUACAAUCGUGGGCGGGACCUUGCUUCCGUCGACGUCACGUGACCGGCACAGAAGGAGGGCCCCGCUCCUGUGGUUAUACCGAGCUUGCUGAAAGGAAGAGGUCGUCCCGCCUCCUGGAAUUGUAGACGCCUGUCCGCCUCUUCUGCGCGUUGAGGGUUCCUGGAAGCUCUCAUCUAUGUCCAAUUGACGCCAACAAUAGCAGGUGAAGUCACGCUUCAUUUCGACAAGGCAAGCAUCAUGGGCACGGGGACACGUGACUUGUGGAACUACUGUGCCACAUUGAACCUUGUCGAUCCAAACCUCCUGCCCAAAAGCAAGAUCUACGCUGACCUGCGGUGGUCAACCACUGUCUUCACGAAAAAGAGCGUCGGCGACAACCUCGGCUGCACACAGGGCUCGGGGCCACUUCACGACAGUGUGUGCCAUGUAGUAGAGGAAAUUUCAACAUAUAAUGAGUACAUUGUAUUCAUUAAUAUGGAACUGUGCGAAAGUCCUCCCGGACAGCUUUCGCUAAGGUGCCUCCAUGACAUAUAUGGCUCUUGCGGAUCAAAAGCAAGGGAGCGUCAGGCCAAUGUGUUAGUGCAUUGGCUCCUCACCAUGCACAAAUGUGUCAGAUGUAUGGAAAUUGACGACUGUGUGAUACCCAAUUUCUCUACUUACCUACCGCUGUAUUGUGAUGCCCUUAAACGCAGUCUGAGCAUUAUGGAUCUGAAAGUGGUCGCAUGGAAGUCUAAUCUCGAGGAGUCUCGAUCUCUCCUCGAUGCCAUCAUCUGCAUGCCAUUCCUCGAAACGUUCCAGUGCGAGGCACUCGACCUCUCUGCACAAGGCUUCAGAGAAUACCUCAAGACAAGCGUCACAUUGAAGGAACUCGCGGUGGCGUACGCCAUGGAAGAAGCCGACAUCCCGUCAGCAAUUUUAAAUGCACUGCGCGUGAACAGUCACCUAUCUCAUCUUUCAGUUCACAGUGACAUUCUGGAUGCAGACAGUGAGAACUGGUUUGGCGACUACGUUGCACGAACCGCAACACUUCAGUACAUCAAGCUACAGAAUGCCUCGCCUGGCGCUCCGCGCUCCUUGGUACCAGUAUUUCAAGCCAUAUCGAAAAACAGAACAAUAAAAAAGUUUGACAUUGUUUUUUUUAACCUAGGUAUCGAUGAAGCAUUGUCUUUUGCAGACUUGACCAAUGUCAAUCGUCAUUUGAGGAUGGUAAAUUUUAUUACGUGCGCUUGGAGCUCUGAAGAGCAUCCUGCCCAAUAUUUUUGGCCCACAACAUGCAGCACGCCGGACAUGGGCUGCGCAGAGCACAUAUCACCCUGCACAGCAGCUCUCGCUCGUGCUCUUGGACCGCAGUCAUUUUUGGAAGAAAUCACGGUGGACUUGAGCUCUUUCAACGCAUGCGAACAGAAGACCCUGCUUUGUGCGUUCGCACAGAACACGUCUAUAAAGAAAAUGAAUGUAGAAGGAUCGGACAUUGACAGUGCAAGUUCUCUGUGCAAGGCCAUGCGAGAGACGGGCACCACCGACAGGGUGCAUUUAGGCCUAGUCAUUGUAACAGCAGCGCAGCUGACUCGCUUGGAAGGGCACUGCGUCGAAGCUCCUGAAAUAUCCCUCGUUAUUACAGCCGCUCAAGGAGCGAGACAAGGGUGCCUAAAGCUUCUGACACUGUGCCCACACCUGACAGUUCUCAAUUUGAACUUAUCUCGAAUAGUGUACAAGGAGGAAGCGUGCCUUCUUUCCAUCUACCUACGACGAAGCCACUCCAUCCGCGAACUUUACAUGUCUUUCUCCACUAGUCGGUGUGCAUUACUGGACAUCCUACAAAGCCUGUCUACCAACACUACCUUGGAGAAGUUGGGCGUCGGAAAGUGCGUCCUGGACGUGGAAAAUGCGACUUUUCUCGCGAGUAUGAUCGGGAAGAGCGAAACUAUCUGUCACUUUGAGUACCAAACUGAGUGUGUCGUUUCUUGCCGCCUUCUACUUACUCACCUUGCAAGAUGCCUCUCAUCCAACACAUCUCUGGUUUCUCUGGAAAUCAGUGAAUACCGUGCGCUGAUGAGGUACUCCGCCGCUGUAAUGGACUUCGUGAGACACAACGCAGCUCUACUUGACUGCGCCGCGCAUUUCGUUCUCGGCACGAGGAAUAAACACUGUGCGGAGGCCUUCGAACCUGUCGCCAUUGGCCGUGGAAUAGUGAGCAGAGUUCAAGAACUGGCAGGCGAGCCAUGUGCUGAACGAGUGAUAGAAAUGAUACGAGAUUCCAGACGUUCGCUGCUUGACAUGAGAUCAUUCAUGGAAAUUACAGGUGUCAUCAAAAAUGACUUGUCAUGGGACGAAAGCGUCGAACCCCGAGAACGCUUGGAGAUAUUGCCUUUCGAUUGCUGGCUUCACGUGAGACAGUUUAUCAAGGUUCGCGACAUGCUACAUUGGGUCCCCUCCACUGGUACGCGAUGCAAGAAGGUUCGCAGGCGAGCUCAAUUUUCUGCACUUAAGUCCUAGCUGCCCCAGCUGCAAUUGAGAGGGCAUCGUUAGCGAAACCGGCAUGUUCUUGAGGAAUGUCCCUGAAGGACCUUCAGUUUGUGCUCUUAACUGCGGAAUCCGAGUUUCUCCAUUUGACCUGCUUUUUAAGUGAGACCAAUUAGGAUGCUUGUGGGCGCGAAUGAAAUGUGGAAGUCCUAAGCAAGGUUUACUAGCUGAAAAUGCCCAAUAAAAUUUGCAGCUGCUUCUCCAA